UUUGUAGCAGCUUGGGGUGACUGUUCAAGCCAGCGGAUGCGUCGACUGCGCCAUUCUCCGCCGGGACGGAGGACGUGGCUCCUUCCUCCCGGGAUCGUAGCUCCGCGUACAGGGCGCUGGAGCGGAUGGCGCUUGGAUCAUCCCAUUUCUGAAUCGCACUUGGGAGUCUCCGAGAGCUUUCAUGAAGUCUGCCCAGCGACAAUGAACUAAGUUUAAUAUCAUUAUGCGUGGUACUGGGGAUUGAAUCCAGGGCCUUUGCACGGAACUACAUCUCCAACCUUUAAAAAAUUUUUAUUUUGACACACUGUCUUGCUUAGUCGCUAAAUUGCCUCAGCUAGGUUCGAAGUCGCGAUCUUCCUGCCUCAGCCUCCCACAGCGCAGGGAUUACAGACGUGCCCAGUUUGGCCAAGGCCCUUGGCACCGGCUGCCCUCUCCCGGGGGCAAACCCAGGUACCCUGCUUCAUCUGAGUCCUGAGAUUGGCUCUAUUUACACCCGUGCCUGCGAAGGCGGAGACAGUCCUCUAAGGUCUUGGCAGAGGAAAGUUUCCGGGAAAAGCUCGCUUGAACCCCGGACACUUGUGGGAAAUGUAGUCACAGGCACAAAAGCGGAGGACCGGCAGACGUAGGUGGGCUCGGCGGGGUUCCGAGCCCGAGCUGGCAGAGACCUCUGGGAGUGCCGCUCACCCAUGCAGUGCGCAGGCGCGGGCUCUCCGCUCGCCAUCGUCCUCUUCUUUGUCUGCUGGCCAGCUUUCUUAUGCAUCUCCAGGAGCUGUACUUCCCAUACCCUUCAAAACCUGUGAGGGGGAUCUAAGGACUUGGCCUAAUUCUGGGGUGCUACUGUGACCCUCAACCAUCACAUCCAAGUCCUGUGUGAUUCUUCAAUUUGCAAGUUUAAAGUCACCAACUCAAACAAGAAAAGCAGUGGAUGAUUGAGAAGAAUUGUAAAGAAAGUGUUCUCCAGAAAAAGCUUGGCUAGUUCAUGAGCAGACCAGGAGACAACAUUAAAGACUUGUGAGUUACGUCUCAUCUUUCUCUGAAAAUAUAGACUGAGGAAAAACUCAGAAAACCUAAGAAAUGGGGAUAUUUUUCCUCUGAGCAUUUGACUGACAUUGCAGCAACAUACACUGAUUUUACGAGUAUGCUUCUAUGUCUAGGAAUUAGUUUAAGAGUUUGAAACACAAUCUAUACUUAUAUAAUUGUGUAAGAAAAACAUUUAUGUAAAGAGAAUGCUAUAUUUUUAUCCUUUUAUAUAAUCACUGCAUCUCAGAAUAAGCAAUGCAAGAAAAUUCUUCUAUCAUAAAUUCAACUUCAUUACCAUACCUGAAAAUUUAUUGCAAAGAAACCUUAUGACUUCAGUAAAUGAAUGUUGGAAAGUUGUCAUCCUUAACACAUCUCAGUAGAUACUAGGGGAACCUCAGAGAAAGUUCCUGUGCAUGACAAAAGUGUUGGAAUGUCUUCAGCCUGAAUCAGAUCUUACUCAGCAUAAUGAAAUUCAUAUUGGAAAGCAACUUUAUGAAUGCAAGGAGUGUAGAGGAACUUUUAGCCUAAAGCAAAACUUCAUAGAGCACAAGAAAAUGCAUACUGGAGAGAAAUCACACGAAUGUACAGAAAGUGGUAAAGUAUUCUCUCAGGUCUCAUCAUUUACUCUACAUUUGCGAAGUCAUACAGGGAAGAAGUCAUAUGAGUGUAAUAAAAGUGGAAAAACCUUUAGCCAGAAGGGAAAUUUCCUUUCUCAUCAGAAAUAUAGUGGAGAAAAACCUUCUGAAUAUGGGAAGACUUCUAUUCAAAUGGCAACCCUCAUCAGGCAUCAGAAAAAUCAUACAGGAAACAAACCAUAUGCAUGUAAGGAAUGUGGGAAAGCUUUUAGCAGCAAGUCAUACCUGAGUGAGCAUGAGAAAAUUCAUACCGGAGAGAAACCAUUUGAAUGUAAUCAGUGUGGAAGAGCUUUCAGUCAGAAGCAACACCUCCUUAAACAUCAGAAUAUCCAUAGUGGAAAGAAACCCUUUAAAUGUAAUGAGUGUGAAAAGGCCUUUAGCCAGAAGGAAAACCUCAUUAGCCAUCAACGAAUCCAUACAGGAGAGAAACCUUAUGAAUGUAAAGGGUGUGGAAAAGCUUUCAUUCAGAAGUCAGGCCUCAUUAGACAUGAAAGAAGUCACACGGGAGAGAAGCCCUACACAUGUAAGGAGUGUGGGAAGGCCUUCAGUGGUAAAUCAAAUCUCAGUGAGCAUGAGAAAAUUCAUAUUGGUGAGAAACCCUAUAAAUGUAAUGAAUGUGGAACGAUCUUUAGGCAGAAGCAAUACCUUAUUAAACAUCACAAUAUUCACACAGGAGAGAAACCAUAUGAAUGUAAUAAAUGUGGAAAAGCCUUUUCACGGAUCACAUCACUCAUUGUACAUGUGAGAAUCCAUACAGGUGAUAAACCUUAUGAAUGCAAAAUAUGUGGGAAAGCCUUCUGUCAAAGCUCAUCUCUUACUGUGCACAUGAGAAGCCAUACAGGGGAGAAACCCUAUGGUUGUAAUGAAUGUGGAAAAGCCUUUUCUCAGUUCUCAACUCUUGGUCUACAUAUGAGAAUUCAUACUGGUGAAAAACCUUAUCAAUGUAGUGAAUGUGGGAAAGCUUUCAGCCAGAAGUCACAUUACAUUAGACACCAGAGAAUUCAUAUUCAGGAGUCAGUGGUGUUCAGUGAUGUAUCCAUAGACUUCUCUCAGGAAGAGUGGGAAUGCCUGACGAAUGAUCAGAGAGAUUUAUACAGAGAUGUGAUGGUGGAGAAUUACAGCAACCUGGUUUCAGUGGCAGGACUUUGCACUUCUAAACCAAGUAUCAUCUCCUACUUGGAGCAAGGAAAAGAUCCCUGGUUGGUUGAGAGAGAGCUAACAAAAAGCCAGUGGCCAGUCCUAGAAUCAAGAUGUGAAACCAAGAAAUUAUUUCUGAAGGAAAUUUAUGAAAUAGAGUCAGCCAAGUGGGAGAUAAUGGGAAAACUUACAAGACAUGACCUGCAAUGCUCUGGUUUCAGAGAUGAUUGGAACUGUCAUGACCAGUUUGAAAAACAGCAUGGUUCUCGGGAAAGACAGUUCAGUGAACUGAUAAUCACUCAUGAUGAUGUACCUAGUUUCAGUCAGCAUCCAUCCUUGACAUUACAGCAAAUAAUUAAUAAUAAAGAGAAAUACUGUGCAACUAAUGAAUGUAGGAAUAACUUUAGACAUGACUCACAGUUUAGUGCUCAUCAAAUCAUUCACACUAUUGAGAAACCUUAUGAAUGUAAAGAAUGUGGAAAGACCUUUAGACAUCCCUCAAGACUUGCACAUCACCAGAAGAUUCACACUGGCAAGAAACCCUUUGAAUGUAAGGAAUGUGGAAAAACAUUUAUUUGUGGUUCAGAUCUUACUCAUCAUCACAGAAUUCAUACCGGAGAGAAACCUUAUGAAUGUAAAGAAUGUGGAAAGGCCUUUAGCAGUGGUUCAAACUUUACCCGACAUCAAAGAAUUCACACUGGUGAGAAACCUUAUGAAUGUAAAGAAUGUGGGAAGGCCUUUAGUAGUGGUUCAAAUUUUACUCAGCAUCAAAGAAUUCAUACUGGAGAGAAACCCUAUGAAUGUAAGGAAUGUGGGAAUGCCUUCAGUCAGAGUUCACAACUUAUUAAACAUCAAAGAAUCCAUACAGGAGAGAAACCCUAUGAAUGUAAGGAAUGUGAAAAGGCUUUUCGUUCUGGUUCUGACCUUACUAGACAUCAGAGAAUUCAUACUGGUGAAAAACCCUAUGAAUGCAAGAUAUGUGGGAAAGCUUAUUCUCAGAGUUCACAGCUUAUCAGUCAUCAUAGAAUUCAUGCUGGUGAGAAACCUUAUGAAUACAGAGAAUGUGGAAAGAACUUUAAUUAUGACUCGCAACUUAUUCAACAUCAAAAUCUGUAUGGUGAUAAACCAGAAUCAAUGCUGUUCAGUGAUGUAUCCAUAGUCUUUUCUCAAGAAGAGUGGGAGUACCUAGACUUGGAACAGAAGGACUUAUAUAGAGAUGUGAUGAUGGAGAACUAUAACAAUUUGCUCUCACUAGCAGGGUGUUUCAUAUCUAAACCAGAUGUGAUUUCCUUAUUGGAGCAAGGAAAGGAUCCCUGGAAAGUUGUGAGGAAAGGAAGAAAACGGUAUUUAGAUUUGGAGACUAGUUAUGAGAACAAGAAGUUAUUUUCAGAGAAUAAAAUUUAUGAGUUAAAUUUAUCCCAGUGGAAGAUAAUGGAAAGAAUAAAAAACCAUGGCCUUAAGAGUCUCCUUUUAAAAAAUGACUGGGAGUCCAAAAGUAUUGAAGGACAAGAGGGACUGCAAAAGAAUUAUUUCAGUCAAGUGAAGGUUAUAUCUGAAAAAGUAUCCUCUUACCAAAAGUGUACAUCAGUUACUCCAUAUCCGAAGAUUCAUUUUGUGGAGAAACCCUAUGAAUGUCAGGAAUGUGGGAAGGCUUUCAGAGUGCGCCAACAACUUACUUUUCAUUACAGAAUUCAUACUGGUGAAAAACCGUAUGAAUGUAAGGAGUGUGGGAUGGCCUUUAGGCAGACUGCACAUCUUACUCGACAUCAGAGACUUCAUUCUGGUGAAAAACUUUAUGAAUGUAAGGAAUGUGGGGAAGCUUUCAUAUGUGGCCCAGACCUCAGAGUACACCAGAAAAUUCAUGUUGGUGAGAAGCCCUAUGAAUGUAAAGAAUGUGGGAAGGCCUUUAGAGUACGAGGGCAACUUACUCUCCAUCAGAGGAUUCACACCGGUGAGAAACCUUAUGUAUGUAAAGAAUGUGGAAAGGCCUUUAGACAAUAUGCACACCUAACUCGACAUCAGAAGCUUAAUAUUGCUGACAGACUCUAUGAGUGUAAAGAGUGUGGGAAGGACUUUCUGUGUGGCUCUGGCCUUCGAGUGCAUCACAAACUUCAUACUGGUGAGAAACCUUAUGAAUGUAAGGAAUGUGGGAAGGCCUUUAGAGUACGACAACAACUCACACUCCACCAGAGGAUCCAUACUGGUGAGAAGCCCUAUGAAUGUAAGGAAUGUGGAAAGACUUUCAGUCGUGGUUAUCAUCUUAUUCUCCAUCACAGAAUUCACACUGGUGAGAAACCCUAUGAAUGUAAGGAAUGCUGGAAGGCCUUUAGCCGUUACUCACAACUUAUUUCACACCAGAGUAUUCAUAUUGGUGUUAAACCUUAUGAUUGUAAGGAAUGUGGAAAGGCUUUUAGACUACUCUCACAACUUACACAACAUCAGAGUAUUCAUAUUGGUGAGAAACCCUAUAAAUGUAAGGAAUGUGGGAAGGCCUUUAGGUUGCGCCAAAAACUUACUUUACAUCAGAGCAUUCAUACUGGUGAAAAACCUUUUGAGUGUAAAGAAUGUAGGAAGGCCUUUAGACUUAAUUCAUCUCUUAUUCAACAUCUUAGAAUUCAUUCUGGUGAGAAACCAUAUGAAUGUAAAGAAUGUAAGAAAGCCUUUAGACAACAUUCACACCUUACCCAUCAUCUGAAAAUUCAUAAUGUAAAAAUAUAAGAAAGUCUAAUCAGUCCUAUGUUAUGAACAUUGUAUGAAUGUAAUAAUCUUUUGUUUCACAGGUGUCUAGAUUAAGCAAAAGGGUUUUAUGCCAUUGAAAAAGUGUUAAUAUAGUUUACUAUCAUUCAUUUUUUGUUUUUUAUGUGUUAGGUACAGAGUCUCACUGUGCAGCUCAGACUCAUAGUGAUCCUCCUGU